AUGGCUCCUCGUCUGUACACGGAUUGUCUUGUCAAAGUAUUUACGUUUCUUAAAGAUGAUCAUACAUCUUUGCACUCUUGUGCGCUUGUAAAUCACUUAUGGUGUCAAAACUCUAUUCCAUUGUUGUGGGAAGAUCCUUUUGAUAGCAAAAAAUUGGAGGAAGGAAACGAAAGUCACAAAAGAUAUUCUCUCGUUAAUACGUAUAUUGCAGGUCUUCCACAAAUGUCACAAAAAGUACUUAAGGACAAGAAAAUCAUAUUAUCACCAAUCAUUAGCUCUCCAACAUUUGAAUAUGCAUCAUAUUUACGUAAAUUGGAUUUAAAAAGUUUUUUCACCGCUAUACAAUCAUGGUCUGCGUGUUUCGCUAAGUGGACUAAAAAUAAUUUCGCGGGUUACCAAAUAGAAUUAGUUAUCAAAGAGUUAUUACGAAAUUUAUUUCUCAUAUCUCCACGUAUUUUAGUUCUUAGAGUAAAUGUUAAUAUAAUAGGAGCAAUUAUCGCAGAUAUUCUUCAAAAUGUACCUGAAGCAAGAAGCUGUCUGACAAGCUUAAAAGAAUUUAUGUAUUUUGCGGAACAUCCUACUAUGGAAAUUCUUUUUUCACAAAUUGCUCAACUUACUGGCAAUAUCGAACGUUUUAACCUUUCAAUUUAUGGUCAUACCGAGCAACUUCUAAAUAUGAUCAAGGCUCAGAAACUUUUUAAAGAACUUGUUAUUAAUAAUAGAACAAAUUCGCCGUUAGGUUUCAAGUUUUGGGUUGACACAGAUGCUGGAUCCCUGAUCUCUAAGAAAGCAUCAACUAUCACUUACUUAGAAAUUGAGAAUAUUUUUUUUCCAUUCCAAGCACUUUCACACUUUACUAAUUUAGUAGAAUUAAAUAUGUUUUAUUGUGGAUCUUAUAGCUCGAAUGAUUGGGAUCCUUUAUCUGACGUACGUUUGAAAAAACUUGAGAAGAUUUCUUAUAAGAAUCGACAUUCCCUUUAUUUGGAAUCUUUCGGCAGGUUUUUGGGUAAUGCAGGCAUAAACCUUAGUUCUAUUACAAUUCGUUGUUGUUCAAUAUGUGAUCCAGAACAGUCACAUUUACUAUUCACGUCAAUUUCGGAUAACUGUCCAAACCUUAUACAUUUUGAUGGACCAAUUGGAUCCGACAAUUCUUCAGAAUUUGGGCAAAUGCUUCACGCGUGUUCCAAAAUUGAAACAUUGUGUCUUCAUCCAUCGAAUAAAUGUUGUAGGGUUGUGCAAAGUCGAACAGAUUUUAAUCCACUUCUCAAAAAGAUCACGAUUAAACAACCAUGGAAACUGAGGAAAUUAACCAUCAUUCACGGAUGGAGAUUUACAUCUGAUGUGUUUGAAGUUUUUUUACAAAGUCGGCAAAGAAUUUCAAAGACGAUUACAUUUUAUUGGAAUGAAUGCGAGAUUAUUGGUAGUUUUGAUAAGGUUUGUGUAAAAUAUCAAAGGGCUAAAGUUUUAGAUAAAUAUCAAAAACUUUUAAAAUAUGAUUAA